AGCGUUGCUGAUUCUCCAGAACCUAAGCGGGUUACACACAGAGCUGUGACUUCUGCUCUGCCGUCACGGCAGCCCGGUUCUGCCGCUCUCUGGGUCCGCGGUACCGGAGCUGCAGCUAUGGGGAACCAUGGCUCCAACCUGGACGACAUCCUGGCCGAGGACAUGCACCACUGGUACAACAAGUUCAUGAAGGAGUCUCCGUCCGGACUCAUCACGCUGUUUGAGCUCAAAGCCAUCCUCAACCUGAAGGGCAUCACGGAGUACGCCAACAGCUACGUGGAGCAGGUCUUCUUCACCUUCGACAUGGACGGGGACGGCUACAUUGACUUUGUGGAGUACAUCGCGGCCAUCAGCCUGCUGCUGAAGGGAGAGAUCAACCAGAAGCUGAAGUGGUACUUCAAGCUGUUCGAUCAGGACGGGAACGGGAAGAUCGAUAAGGACGAGCUGGAGACCAUCUUCACGGCCAUCCAGGACAUCACCCGGAACAGGGACAUCGACCCAGAGGAGAUUGUGACACUCAUUUAUGAGAAGAUUGACGUGAAGGGUGAAGGUGAGCUGACGCUGGAGGAGUUCAUCGACGGAGCCAAGGAGCAUCCGGACAUCAUGGACAUGCUGCGGAACCUGAUGGACCUGACGCCGGUUCUAGAGAUCAUCGUCAAAGGCCGCCAGCCUGCUGUUGAGAACUGACCAAUCGCUGCAGCCGCUCCAAAUCGACCAAUCACACACCAGACUCUGGGAGGACGCCUAAAAUCAACCCAUCCACACCAAUCAAACCCACAGAACUUUAAACCCAGCAGCCCAGCAGCCGUCCAGUUCUGACCCGACUCAGGAAUAUGUCAGGGUUUUCAGAAGCUGCUGCUGCAGAUCGGACUUUCCGCCAUGAUGGAUUUCAUACGGCCGGAUGUUUUUACCCUUCACAAAAACAUUUCUACACUUGUUUCUGACCAGUUUGAUAUUUAGUAAAAAACUAUCCAUCCAUCCAUUUUCUGUUCACCCUUGUCCCUAAUGGGGUCAAGAGUGUUGCUAGUUUCUAUCUCCAGAUACGUUCCGGGUGAGAGGCGGGUUCACCCUGGACAGGUCGCCAGUCUGUCGCAGGGCAACACAGAAGAAACUGGAGAACCCGGAGAGAACCCAC